CCCACCCCUCAAAUAGAAGCCUGAAACCCGCACCCCUGUCUUUCUCUCACUCACUUUCUGCUUCCCAACUCAUUUUCCCUAUCUAAAAAACAACAAACCCUUUGUUCCUCUGUCUCUCUAAACUAAUGGGUUCUGAUAAGAAGAUCAAGAUCGGUAUCAAUGGGUUCGGAAGAAUUGGUCGUCUGGUAGCCAGAGUUGCUCUGCAGAGAAACGAUGUUGAACUGGUUGCUGUUAAUGAUCCCUUCAUCACCACUGAUUACAUGACAUACAUGUUCAAGUAUGACAGUGUUCAUGGCCACUGGAAGCAUUCUGAUGUUAAGGUUAAGGAUUCAAAGACCCUUCUUUUCGGUGAGAAACCAGUCACUGUUUUCGGCAUCAGGAACCCUGAAGAAAUCCCCUGGAGGGAAACCGGUGCCGAGUUUGUUGUGGAGUCCACUGGAGUGUUCACUGACAAGGAAAAGGCUGCUGCCCACUUGAAGGGUGGUGCAAAGAAGGUCAUCAUUUCUGCCCCAAGUAAGGAUGCCCCUAUGUUUGUUGUGGGUGUUAAUGAGAAGGAAUACAAGCCCGAUCUUGACAUCGUCUCCAAUGCUAGCUGCACUACAAACUGUCUUGCUCCCCUCGCCAAGGUUAUUCAUGAUAGGUUUGGCAUUGUUGAGGGUCUUAUGACUACUGUUCACUCCAUCACUGCCACUCAGAAGACUGUUGAUGGGCCAUCAAGCAAGGAUUGGAGGGGUGGAAGAGCUGCUUCCUUCAAUAUCAUUCCGAGCAGCACUGGUGCUGCAAAGGCAGUCGGAAAAGUUCUACCAGCACUGAAUGGCAAGUUGACUGGAAUGGCUUUCCGAGUUCCGACAGUGGAUGUUUCAGUUGUGGAUCUCACUGUGAGGCUUGAGAAAGGAGCUUCUUACCAGCAAAUCAAAGAUGCGAUCAAGGAGGAGUCAGGGGGCAAACUCAAGGGGAUUAUGGGGUACACUGAAGAUGACGUUGUCUCAACAGACUUUGUGGGUGACAGCAGGUCAUGCAUCUUUGAUGCCAAGGCUGGGAUUGCUUUGAAUGAACAUUUCGUGAAACUUAUUGCUUGGUAUGACAAUGAAUGGGGUUACAGUUCACGUGUGGUUGACUUGAUUGUGCACAUGGCUUCUGUUCAAGCUUGAUGCUAAUCUCAUGAGGUGAUAGAGGGUGACUUUGUUUUGCUUGUGUCGUACUGGUUAGUGUUUUAGGUCCCCUGAGGUUUUGGUUUGGAAUAAACUGCGCAAGAGUCUUGUGUAGUCUUGUUUUGGAUGUUUACUUAUGGAGUCUUUGUGUUAUCUUUGUUUCCCUUGUGUUCAUAG